UUUCGGAGGAAAAGAAAGGAGGGGGCUCAGUAUUACAGAGAGAGAGAGAGAGAGAGAGAAGGAGGGGGGGAAGCCGCGUGGUGUGGAUUGUGUGUCUGUCUGUGUGUGGCAUUCACUCUGAUCGCUUGCAAUUUGCAGAGACCCCUCGAUCUUUUGCUGCGGGAGCACAAACAGCAACAACAACAACAACAAAAGAGUUGCAAAAUAUUACCAAUCGGUGGAGGAAAAGGGAAAUCGCCUUGGAAUCGUGUCAAUUGCAACACAGCAACAACAUCGCCGUGCUGAACUUAAUUGAAGAUUACUGCAAUUUUCUUUUUUUUUGUCGUCGUCCUCCUCCUCCUCCUCCACCUCUACACCGUUCCGAUCGCGGGAAAGGGAAAGAAGCCACCAUGAUCUCUCCGGCAGUCCGUGUCCGUGUGGGAUUUGCUGCUCCUUUGGAACUCCGAGGCUACUGUCUUUGCUACUGAACGUUCGAUUUUCGAAUCUCCGCCGGGAGCCGGCGUUCCAAACGCGGUCUCCGGGUUCCAAAAUCCCGGGUCAAAGUUCCAAAUUCCAGCCCGCACGUUCCAAAGUGGACGCCAGCUCCGAUUUUUUUCUCUCCCUCUCUCUAUCUAUAUAGAUAUAUAUCCCGGCACGGUUGUGUCUGCAUUGUCUUGAUCAAACUGAUCUACGACUUUAUUAUUUUUUGUUUGAAUGAUAUGCCCGUGUGUCUGUCUUGAAAGAGGAGCUGCUGCUGAUUUUCUUACACAUUUAUAUAUAUAUAUAUUAUAUCUGGUUCGUCGGACACCGAGACGCCGCUGACUGUGUGCCAUGAUCUGCUUUUAUCCAGAGUGUGUUGGAGCCCCUCUUGUUUUAUAGCACAAAGGGACUUCUUUUUUUAAAAAAAACCCUCGCCUCCAGCCGGAGAGGACUUACUGCUUUGUUCUGUAGCACUGGGAGUGGUUCUGAUCCUGAGCGGCGUGGCGGUGGACUCUUUUUACAGCUGUUUUUUUUCUCUCUGUGUGGGGUUACAUUUUUUGCCGAUCGAUCGCUGGACUUGUGUAUCUCUUCUGUGUCGUGUGUUUCCUUCCCUUGUAUCCCUCCCCUUUCCCUAACCGGGGAUACAUUGUUUAAGAGAUGUAUCCUCAAGGCAGGCACCCGGCUCCCCAUCAACCUGCCCAACCGUUCAAAUUCACCGUGGCGGAAUCGUGCGACCGGAUCAAAGAGGAAUUUCAGUUCUUACAAGCGCAGUAUCACAGUUUAAAAAUGGAAUGUGAUAAACUCGCAAACGAGAAAACCGAGAUGCAGCGUCACUAUGUUAUGUAUUACGAGAUGUCUUAUGGGCUGAAUAUUGAAAUGCACAAGCAGACUGAGAUUGCUAAAAGGCUAAACACGAUCUUGGCACAAAUCAUGCCUUUCCUUUCACAAGAGCAUCAGCAGCAAGUGGCACAGGCUGUUGAACGUGCCAAGCAGGUGACUAUGACGGAACUAAAUUCGAUCAUCGGGGUACGUGGAGUUCCCAAUCUGCCUCUCACACAGCAUCACGCUAUCUACCCACCUCUCAUGCAGCAACAGCUCCAGGCUCAGCACCUCUCUCACACCCACGCUCCUCCUGUCCAAAUGCCACCCCAUCCCUCUGGUCUGCAGCCACCAGGAAUUCCCCCGGUCAGUGGCAGCACCUCAGGACUUCUAGCACUUUCCAGUGCCUUGGGCAGCCAGGCCCACCUGUCGGUAAAGGAUGAGAAAAACCACCAUGAAUUGGAUCACAGAGAGAGAGAAUCCAGUGUGAAUAACUCUGUCUCCCCAUCGGACAGUCUGAGGCCUAAUGAAAGGAACAGCAGGAGUUCCUCUGACUACCUAGAUGCAAAGAAGCGAAAGGUGGAAGAGAAAGACACUAUGAACAGAUAUGACAGUGAUGGUGAUAAGAGUGAUGACUUGGUUGUGGAUGUUUCCAAUGAGGACCCUGCUACACCUCGUGUCAGCCCCACGCACUCUCCACGCGAGAAUGGCCUGGACAAGGCCCGUGGAAUAAAGAAGGAUGCACCCAACAGCCCUGCCUCCGUCGCUUCAUCAAGCAGCACACCUUCAUCAAAAACAAAAGACAUGGGCCAUAACGACAAGUCAUCGACCCCUGGGCUGAAGUCAAAUACCCCAACUCCACGCAACGAUGCCCCAACCCCCGGUACCAGUUCAACGCCAGGGCUGCGACCAGGGAAGCCCCAAGGCAUGGACUCGCUAGCACCAACCCUUCGAGCACCAAUUUCGCUGGCUGGCUCAUAUGCCCCUUUCGCCAUGAUGUCCCACCACGAAAUGAACGGUACUUUGACGAGUCCAGGGGCAUAUCCCGGUCUCCACAGCAUCUCGCCACAGAUGAGUGCCGCUGCCGCUGCCUAUCGAUCUCCUAUGGUGAGCUUUGGAGGUGUUGGCUUUGACCCUCACUCCCACAUGAGAACUCCGGGGCUCCCUGCCAGUCUUGCUGCAAUACCUGGAGGGAAACCAGCCUAUUCCUUUCACGUGAGUGCGGACGGACAGAUGCAGCCAGUGCCAUUUCCCCCCGAUGCCCUCAUUGGACCUGGCAUCCCACGGCACGCCAGGCAGAUCAACACUUUGAACCACGGCGAGGUGGUGUGCGCCGUCACCAUCAGCAACCCCACGAGGCACGUGUACACCGGAGGCAAAGGCUGCGUCAAAAUCUGGGACAUCAGUCAGCCCGGCAGCAAGAGUCCCGUCUCCCAGUUAGACUGUCUAAACAGAGAUAAUUACAUCCGUUCCUGCAAACUUCUACCUGAUGGCCGUACACUGAUCGUAGGAGGUGAAGCGAGCACACUAACGAUAUGGGACCUCGCCUCCCCCACGCCGAGGAUCAAGGCUGAGCUCACAUCCUCCGCGCCGGCCUGCUACGCUCUGGCGAUCAGCCCCGAUGCUAAAGUCUGCUUCUCCUGUUGCAGCGAUGGCAACAUAGCCGUCUGGGAUCUACACAACCAAACACUCGUAAGGCAAUUUCAAGGGCACACAGAUGGUGCAAGUUGUAUUGAUAUCUCUCACGAUGGCACAAAGUUAUGGACAGGCGGCCUGGACAACACAGUGAGGUCCUGGGACCUGCGAGAAGGGAGACAGCUCCAGCAGCAUGACUUUACCUCACAGAUCUUCUCUCUAGGCUAUUGCCCUACUGGUGAGUGGUUAGCAGUGGGUAUGGAGAGCAGCAAUGUGGAAGUACUGCAUCACACCAAGCCCGACAAAUAUCAGCUUCACUUGCAUGAGAGCUGUGUCCUGUCACUUAAAUUUGCAUACUGUGGUAAGUGGUUUGUCAGCACUGGUAAAGAUAACCUGCUCAAUGCCUGGAGAACACCGUAUGGUGCCAGUAUAUUCCAGUCAAAGGAAUCAUCAUCUGUUUUAAGUUGUGAUAUCUCAGCUGAUGAUAAAUACAUUGUCACAGGAUCGGGUGACAAGAAAGCAACAGUCUAUGAGGUCAUCUACUGAAGACAGCAGGACUACAGCGGCACUUUAAACUGUGGGAUUCAGGGACCGAUUUGCUCUGGUUCAAAAUAACAGCUUUUAAAAAUGAGAAGGAACGUAUUUGGCAUUGCAGUCAACCUAACGAGGCCUAGUUUACAAUAGAUUGCUUGUCUGGGAUAUGCAGGACUUGAGCUGCCUUUCCGGCUCUGAAGAAAGGCUUGUGGUGGCCUGUUUUGAAUCUGAAAUAUUUUGAGGUUCAUGAUUUCUCCAAGACACGGGAGUUGAAGACUUUUUUUCUUCAUUUAUAACCUAUGGAGGUAAAUCUGUUGAGCACAGAAGAGGCAUUGCACCCGCUGAUGGAGCGUGUGCUGCGAGAGAGAGAUGCUUUUGAACUUCAGAAUGAAGCAGUGCUUCAUUUGUUAUGGACAUAUUACAUGUACUGUAAAUACAUGGUGACAGUGGGAGAUUUCCUCUGCCUGACCCUGGGUGUGUCCGAGCACGUUCUGGGUGUUGGUGCAGUGGAAUGCGAGCAUGGCACCAGCUUCUCGGACAAACCCGGUGAGGUUUGAAUCUUUCUCACGGCGGGAGAGAAACGAAAAAGGUGCUUUAGAAGUUUGCCGCUGAACCGGAAGAGAAUUUGUUCAUUUGAAAAAGAAUGGACG